CUUCCAGCUUCAGUCUUUUUUCAAAUGUUUCUCCCUUCCCGCCGGAAUAAUGCUGUCAGUGGAUGUACAUUUGAUGUUUUCGGAUAAUGAGACGCGUCUAAUGGACCGGGAGAAGAAGCUCAAGAGGCCGACAUUUUAACGUACCCGAAAGAAUUAGGCGGCGCCGCCACGAAAGUCGGCUUGUCCGCGGCGUCUGUGCUCCAGCGGGCCGGUUCACUGCGCAGGUUUGGACCGCGCGCCAUUUUGUGAAAAUUGACACAAAAUUCCAAAGCCGAAUUAGCGGAGGACGCGGCGCCCGUUUGGGGUUAAAAAACACGCCGAAGCCACCUUCGCCGUCGCGCCGCUCCAGGGGGCCGAUGCAAAUUUGACAAAAGACUGCGUAAAAAUCGCUUUGACGUAGCCUUUAUUUAGCGGCGGGGGCUAACGAUUGUUAGCUCGAGGCUAGCCUGGGAAGCUAGGUGGCUAACGUUCAUUUUGUCAACUAGCAGCACUAGUUAGCACUAGCCACAUUCGCCAAGCUUAGCUACUAACUUAGGCGUGCUAGUCAACGUUAGCAUGUUGCUAGUCAUCAGCUGAUGGUAACGUCGAUCUCCGUCGAAAAAUGGAGAGUUUACUCGAGUUGGCUGGCAAAUAAUUGUCGUGUUUGCCGGUCGGAAGACAGACGCCGGAUCGGAUUGAACGUGAUCAUUCCUCGCUAACCGUGCAAAGGGAGGGGAGAAUCUCAAGCUGGAUAAGUUUCCUCAUCAUACAGGUUAUUGGACUUUAAAUGAAGAUCGUGCCAUCAGAGGAGGAGAGACUUCAGCAUGCAAACCUUCGUCUGUCCGGCUUGCGCCCUCUUUUUCUUUACACACUGCUGGUCUUCAGAUGGCUGCUCCAAUGCCCCAUACGCACCAGCAGUACAGUGAGCGCCACCAGCCAAGCACUGACCAAUCUGUUACGGUCUUACCGUACAGCGACCAGACGACACAGCUCACUGCCAAUCAGAGGCACAUGCCCCAGUGCUUUCGUGACCCAACUUCAGCUCCCCUGAGGAAGCUCUCCAUUGACCUUAUCAAAACAUACAAACACAUCAAUGAGGUGUAUUAUGCAAAAAAGAAGCGGCGGCACCAACAGGGUCAGGGUGAAGACUCCAGUCAUAAAAAAGAAAGGAAGGUCUUCAAUGAUGGCUAUGACGAUGAUAACUAUGACUACAUCGUCAAGAAUGGGGAGAAGUGGAUGGACCGAUAUGAGAUUGAUUCCUUGAUAGGAAAAGGAUCGUUCGGACAGGUUGUGAAAGCAUAUGACCGAGCAGAGCAGGAAUGGGUUGCGAUUAAGAUCAUAAAGAACAAGAAAGCUUUCCUCAAUCAAGCCCAGAUUGAAGUGCGCCUCCUAGAGCUUAUGAACAAACAUGACACUGAGAUGAAAUACUACAUUGUUCACCUGAAGCGUCACUUCAUGUUUCGGAACCACCUCUGCCUCGUGUUUGAGAUGCUUUCAUAUAACCUGUACGACUUGCUCCGGAAUACCAACUUCCGCGGUGUUUCACUCAACCUCACGCGGAAGUUCGCCCAGCAGUUAUGCACAGCGCUGCUUUUCCUGGCCACACCCGAGCUCAGCAUCAUCCACUGUGAUCUGAAGCCCGAGAACAUCCUCCUCUGCAACCCCAAGAGGAGUGCCAUCAAAAUAGUGGACUUUGGCAGCUCGUGCCAGCUGGGACAAAGGAUAUACCAGUAUAUCCAGAGUCGCUUCUAUCGCUCCCCAGAGGUGCUUCUGGGAAUGCCCUACGACCUGGCCAUUGACAUGUGGUCCUUGGGUUGCAUUUUGGUGGAGAUGCAUACUGGAGAGCCUCUCUUCAGUGGAGCCAAUGAGGUGGACCAGAUGAACAAAAUAGUGGAGGUUCUUGGCAUCCCACCUAAUCACAUAAUGGACCUAGCCCCAAAAGCCAGGAAGUUCUUCGAGAAGCUUUCAGAUGGUACAUGGAGUGUUAAAAAGACCAAAGAUGGCAAAAGGUAUAAACCUCCAGCUUCGCGGAAGCUCCACUCUAUCCUGGGUGUGGAGACCGGGGGUCCGGGUGGUCGGCGGGCAGGCGAGUCUGGCCACGCUGUCGCCGACUACUUGAAGUUCAAGGACCUGAUCCUGCGAAUGCUGGACUAUGACCCCAAGAGCCGCAUCCAGCCCUACUAUGCCCUGCAGCACAGCUUCUUCAAGAAGACUGCAGACGAGGGGACCAAUACGAGCAGCAGCGUGUCAACCAGUCCCGCCUUGGAGCAGUCCCAGUCUUCAGGAACCACCUCUAGCACCUCCUCUAGUUCAGGAGGCUCAUCUGGAACAAGUACCAGUGGCAGAGCGAGAUCAGACCCUACCCAUCACCACUUACACAGUGGAGGACAUUUUGGCACCGCCAUGCCAGCCAUUGAUGGAGACAGCCUCUGCCCACAGGCUCGACAGCCUUACCCACCUCCGCUGGUGUGGGGUGGCGGCGUCGUACCGGAGUCUGUCACCGGCGAGACCCACCCAGUCCAGGAGACCACCUUCCACGUCCCUCCCCAGCACCCAAAGGCCCUGCAUCCCCACUCACACGCUCAUCACCACCAUGGGCCCAUGAUGGCCACACGGCCGCGCCCGCGCCACUACACCUCCCCAACACACAGCUCGUCGACCCAGGACUCCAUGGAGGUGGUCCACGGCCAUCUGUCUAUGACCUCCCUGUCUUCCUCUGCCUCCUCUUCCUCGACAUCUUCCUCUUCCACUGGGAACCAGGCCUACCAGCUCCGCCAUUUGCCCGCCGGAGCACUCGACUUUGGUCAGAACGGUGGGCUGAGCAUGGGGCUAGGUGCCUUCUCGAACCCACGGCAGGAGACCGGCAUGGCUGCGCACCCUGCUUUCUCCAUGGGCACGAACACAGGGCCCGGCCACUACCUAGCGGAGGGCCACCUGAGCAUGAGGCAAGGCAUGGACCGGGAGGAGUCUCCAAUGACUGGAGUGUGUGUGCAGCAGAGUUCCAUGGCCAGCUCGUGACUGCACUGACAUUUUGGCUGUGUUCCCCCUGUGCGUCAUUUUUAAGGUGGUGUUUUUUUACUACAAGGUGUGUUGAGAAUCAAAGCUGCUCACGUCAGAAGGGAGAUAUCACUGAACCGCUACUACAGAGGAAAAAAAACCUUUGUUAAGAAGAAGUAUAUAUGUAAUUGUCAUCUGUUUUUUUCUUUUGCAACCAUUAGGCACAAAGUAAUACUGCGGAAUAACCAUAGUGAGAUUGAGACAUCCAUCUUACCAUUUCACCGCCUUAUGGUAUUAUGUGGCAAAAGGAGCAUUUCACAGCAAAGUUAUGCCACGAAAUGCUCGCCUGACAUUACUGUUCCACUGGUUUGUCAUUAUUUUGCCCCCCUCUCUCACCCCCUCAAGCAAAAUGUCACACAAAGAAGCUGCUUGUAAAUCCUGUAGCCUGACGAGGAGGGCGAGUGUUUUUUUGCGGUGAUAUUUCUUGUCGGUGGCUCAGUGAGUGUUGUGUAACUCGACAUGACAGUGGAGUUCCCUAUAAGCGUGUGCUGGCCUGGCGGAUACAAAUGGAUAUAGACGCCGAGCGGGUCAGAGGAGAGGGAGGCUCCUGCCCCUCGCGCCAAGAUACCCCCCCCCCCCCUUCCCCCCAAAAUAUCGCGGCGCGAGCUGUGACGACACGAGAGCAGCGGAAGGAAUACAGUCUGUGGCUGGUUCUAGAUAACCCUUUGGCCUUAUGACUCAUGGACUUGGACUGGGGAUGGGGCUGGACAUUUUCAUUUUGAAUUAAGAUGGCUUUUCUCUAUUUUUCUCUCUAGACAGCCCUUAAUUCUUGAAAACAUUUUAGAAGAAGAAAAAAGCUAAAUAAGAAUGGUAAUUUGAGGCCUUUCUAGACAAAGAUUUCUUCAGCAGGGCCCCACAUAACAGGGUCUUAUUGUACACAACAACCUCCUAAACAUGACUUCCUUGAAAAAAAAUCUUAGUCACCGGUUAAGGCUUUUUGCAGUGGAAAGAACUUAUCCCAGAGUUGACCCCUUUUUUUUUUUUUUUUUUUUUUUUUUUUUUUUUUUUUAUAUAUAUAAAUGUUUUCUUGUCUUUGCAUGUAGUUCCUCAUCAGAACCACCUGCACAAGUCUCGCCAUCCCAAAACACAUGGAAACUGAAGAAGAAAAAACAAGAGUUAAAUGACUGCCUUUUUUGUCCUCAAAUUAUGCUGUGAAUUUUACAAGAAUUUAUUUUCCCUUUGGAUAUGUUUUUUAUACCAAAGUGGUUAUUUUAUAGCAUAUUAGGUGUCUGUAACCAAUAAUGUAGCAGUUCACCACACGACAAGAUCUUAUCGAAGUGUCAACAAACAGCUGAGAUAUAUAUAUAUAUAUAUAUAUAUAUAUAUAUAUAUAUAUAUAUAUAAAAUAUAGCAAAACUGGAGAGCGUUGUUCAGGCUAUUAUUGUGUACACUCUGGCCACAUUCGUUUAUCACCUUUUACCAAACCUGUUUCCAUAUUAAUUGGGAGAUUAUUUUGGGAGUCUUUUAAAGAUAAAGAAGAUUUAAAAAAAAAAAAAAAAAAAGUCGCUAUGUUUAGAGAAUCUGGUAGUUACUCUGCAGGCUCCGGA